GCGGGGCCGCCCGCGCUCCCCUGUCCCCGUGGCGGCGCGCGCGGGAGGAUGGAGCCGGUGGCGCUGGAGCGGUUCCCGAGCCCGGGAAAGGGCAGCGGCCUCCGUUCCCGCCGGCGGGUGCGGCCCGGCGAGCUGCUCUACCGCGCCGAGCCCUUCGCCUACGUCCUCACCAAGGAGCAGCUGGGCAGCCUGUGCGAGCGCUGCCUGCGCAGGAAUGAACAUCUGCACAGAUGCUCUCAAUGCAAGGUUGCUAAAUACUGUGGUAAAUCUUGUCAGAAAGAAGCUUGGCUGGACCACAAGCAGGAAUGCAGAUGUCUUAAGAGCAUCAAGCCGAAUUUUCCUCCAGACUCUGUCAGACUUGCUGGAAGAAUUGUUUUUAAACUACUCAGACAAUCAGUAUGCCUUUCUGAGAAGCUCUACUCUGUUGCUGAUCUUCAGUCAAAUAUUGAACGGUUAAGUGAAGAGAUGAAAGAUGGCCUCAGGCACCUUGCAGAGACAUUGCGACUGUAUUUGAAAACUGAGAUCCAGGAUGAGUCUCAGUUGCCACCUGCAAUUGACUUUUUUCAGAUCUUCACAAAAUUUGUGAAUACCAGACUGACGUGCUUGUGGAAACUAAACAAACUUCCACAGGCAGCAUUAUGAAUUCACAGAUCAGCCUUUUCCAUUAGAAAGAAAACAAAAGGAACCCCCCU